CAAGAAUUCAAACUUAAGGUUGAAAAUAAACAAAUAUUUCAAUUUAGAUAACAUUGUUACUCUAAUUACAAAUUAAUAGCCGGAUUAAUAAUCUAAUCGAUUACCACUGGCAAGCAAGCUGUGAACGCCUGUGUAAACAAAACAAUUUUGCCAUGUCGUCCUCGUCGUCGUCACUUUCGACAAAAACUGUCUUCUUGCUCGACCAUUCUCACUGGAUGCGGGACGUUAGUGGUGUUCAAGUCGAGAUUGACUGGGGUGGAAAUGGGGGUUCUUCAGGUCGUGGGGGUGGAAACUCGAGUAGCCGAUCGUCUUACUACCCAUCAUUUAUCCCUCCUGUGACCAAAUCCUUAUGGACCUGUGUUACUGAGACUGUACUUGAAUAUGCCAGAGUCGUGACGGACCUCUUUGCAAAUGAGCGACUACUCCGAAUUGGUCUUUGCGAGGGUGCAAAGGGAACAAAUUGGCUCAACAACUGGGACGUUUUCGCUGCAGGUGACGGUGUUCAACAACAACAGAGUGUCACAUUUUUUGCUGAGAAACUUGGAAAUGCGGGGCCACCACCACACAUACCAUUGCCACAUGUCAAGUCCACAGUGUCCACAGUUGGGUCAAUGCAAAUCGGUAUUAAGGAAGGGAUUGAGGCUUUGGCGCAGCCGAUACCAGCUCAAGCGGCGUUUAUGCAAGGGCAUGGCAAGUCUACACUUAAGGCAAUCAACAAGGGAAGAAUAGUUUGUAUCACAACAUUAACUCCACAGUCUGUGGGAAAAGGCUCUGUCGAUUUACAAGAAUUUUUUGCAAGCGCACUUGACCAACAUAAUCGAAUGGUGGCCCCGUCAAGUGAUCAUCUGUUGCCAAUUCUGGAAUGUGAAUUUGUUCUUAUUUCCGUCCAUCCUAUGGGGAAGAAUAAGUUUUCUAUCAUCACACCGACCGAAACGGUGGAGCUUUCUCCAGUACUUCGAUACAUUUCGCACGUCGUGGAUGCUGAACAGAUUGUGCAGACCAUGAUUGAAUUGUGUAUUUUUCAUCACGACCUGGUCUCGACCGUGGUUACAGGUAUACCAAUGAAGGAGGAACAAAAUGCUCAACAUAGUUCCAACUAUGAUGUUAAGCUAUGGCACCCCCGCAUGGUGACUGCGGUACAGGACCAUCAAGUUCUCAAAUGGUCUUCUCCACUUACGCCAAAGACAACAGGACUGGUAAUCCACCAUUGCACCUCUGCAGUGAGAAUUACUCCCGUGGACGUGAAUGGUCGGCCUACCACAUGUCUGACCAGUUUCCUCAUGAAUGGACGAUCUGUUUGGUUAGAAACCCUUAAAAAAGGAGCAGGAAAAACCACUUCCAACCUGCUAACAUCACACGGAGGUGAAAUGUGGUUACACAUGAUUGAGACGGCACGCAAUGUGUUGGAAGAUCCUCCUUCCAUCUCAGAAGGGGUUGGUGGCCGCGUCACAGAUUAUAGGAUACCUGACUUUGCUGACCUAAUACGAAUGAACAUACUAAGUCCUUACCCUAAGAAUUACUAUGAACACGUCGCCAAAAAACCAGAAGUACGGGACAGUGGAAACCCUUUCGUCCGUAGAAGAAGCAGCGCAGAAGAUUUAAAGAAACCUGUCGAAAUGGCAAAGGAUCGACUCCUUAGAAAGACUAGUUUUUGGCCAAUGACGAUCGGACGUUCAGUAUUAUUUCAAAUGGCAGUUCACAUUGACAGCUUGUUGCGACUUAUGCCUCAAGACAAAAUGUCCGACAUGGAAAAAAUUGAGUGUGAUAAGUGUAUUUGGUCUCUUAUGUCAGUCGAGUCUCGAGGUGAGGGUCCAGUUCCAUCCGGAUAUCAUAAAAAAGGGCAAAAAAGAGAUGAACAAUGGCGAUCUGUCUACAACGAGCUGGAGAAUUUUAUUAGAGCAAACCAACACUCUGAAAACCACAAAAAAGUUUUAGAAUGUUUCCUUGAAAGUCGAAGGGCCGAUUCAAAAAUUGACUCUAGAAGCGAUAACGAAAAAGGGAAUAAACAAAAAGUACAAGACAUGGAAAAAGCAUUAGCAGCUUUGGCAAGUUUUGGAACUACAAAUACAACUGCGACCGGCAACAGCACAGGAGCCACCCUUCCCCCAACUCCUAUCUCAGACUCGCCAGCGUCUCCAACGUCAGCAGCAGACACGGGAAAGGAUUUUUCGUCAUCAUCUGGAAGUACCUCAAAUUCAACUACUACUCCCGCAACAAAGACAUUGUUGUCUUUGUGGACUGCGAAGACAGAAAAAAAGAAUCUAAGAGUUAUAACAAACACUAAAUUGUACUCCCAUUUAACGAGCGGAAAAGACGCCAGCAAUACAGCCAGUGAGGAUAACGGAAAACCAACAAAUAACGGGAACUUGAAGAAACUUGACGCUCCUACCAAGGCCUAGCUGAAUAUUAUAUCUACUUGAUUAUGUUAUUAUUAUUAGCGUUAACAUACGAUUUUUUUUAUGCUUGAUGUCCUGCUCAAUAUUUUUAAGUUUGGACGUUUCCUUAUAUUAAUACACGGCCAAUAAUUUUAUACAGUU